CGCAGAGAGAGGGGGAGAAAGAGGAGGAGCAGAGAUAAAACCUGAGGUAAAGGCUGAAGUAGACUCUUGGGAGGCUUUAAAUGUUCCCAGAACAACAAGCUAUCUUUACUGUCUGAUGUAGUAGGCCUCAGGCUGUAGACUCUCUUCCAUCAACUCCAGUGACCUGUUGUAGCAUCAGGACCUGGACACAUCCCCCUUCAUUGGUGGAUCUCCUGUCGUAUUGAAAUGGAAAACCUGUCAUCUUGAUACCAACUACAAGACAUCUUUAAAGGGAAUCUAAAUUCAACCAGAGCAAACCUGAGCCACUAAAUGACACGAGAGGAUCCUGUGGUGUGUGCUUUCUUUUCUGGUGGAAGCAUGGCCUUGUAGCUAAAGCAGAUUUGCACCACAGGAAGUCACUGAAGUUUUGACCUAAUUUGGAACUAUGGCGUUUCCAUUUUUUAACCCUGCACCUUCCUUGGUUCCCCAAUUAAUCUUUCUCGUUGGACUGCUCCUUCUUGGCCAGUGGAGGCCGUCGGGGGUCAGCUGCCAGAAUGACACUGAGCCGAUCGUGUUGGAGGGAAAGUGUCUGGUUGUGUGCGACUCCACCCCAUCGGCGGAGCCAUCGGGUAACGCUCUGGGCAUGUCGGUGAGGUCAGGAACGGGUCGGGUGGCGUUUUCAGCCAUACGCAACACCAACCAUGAGCCAUCCGAGAUGAGCAACCGCACCAUGACUAUCUACUUUGAUCAGAUUUUAGUGAACGUUGGCAGCCAUUUUGACCCGGCAACUAGCAUCUUCGUAGCACCCAGAAAAGGAGUCUACAGCUUCAGCUUUCACGUUGUUAAAGUUUACAACCGGCAGACGAUACAAGUAAGCUUGGUUCUCAACGGCUGGCCGGUGAUCUCGGCCUUUGCAGGUGACCAGGAUGUGACACGGGAAGCGGCCACCAAUGCUGGGCUGGUGUUAAUGGAGCGAGGGGACAAAGCUUACCUUAAACUGGAGAGGGGAAACCUGAUGGGUGGGUGGAAGUACUCCACCUUCUCUGGCUUUCUUGUCUUCCCGCUGUAGGGUGUCCUUGACGCAGGAUGUUGUAUAAAAUAAAGAUUGGUUAAUUUCUCAAAGGGGAAUGAUGUAAUGUUAGGAUCCACAUUGGACUGCUUAACCCUCCCGCAGUCCUAAAAGGGGACCCUACGUGAACUUUUUUAUCCUGUGCAUGUUCCCGCAGGGUCUCACCAACCCCAUGCGUGCUUUUACGAUUUCUUUUCUCCUGGUUUCGGGAACUGGCGGGCUGACGAGAUAUUCCCAUCAGUUCCCCGCUGUCCGACCGUGACAUCUGCCGCGCUCUUCCCGAGCAUCUUCAAGCUAGGACUGCGGGAAGGUUAAGAUGUAAAUUAGAUGAGUGGAUGGAUUGGCUUUGCACCAAACAGUCUUGAAUGUAAUUUCCAUGACCAUGGUAUUUUUUGUGGCUUGCCAUCUGUUCCACAGACUUAAUGUGUGUUUAUGUGUUUACUUAAAUCUGGUGUAGCCUCUUCGAUGCAUGAAAACCAAAUGUAGGACAUGUUUGUUGGCAAUAAAGGAAACAAAAACAACAA